GGCCGGGGGCGGGAGGAAGGAGUGGGAGGAGGAGGCGGGGAAAGUGGGGGCUGGGGGGGAGGAUGGCAAUUGCGGCGCUGGUUCCCGGGAGCGGCCGUGGAGCCACAACUGCGGAGGAGUUCAGGGAAACGGCCGCCGGGACCCCUCCCCUACGCUCCCCUCGCCCCAGCUGAGAGGCGCCGCGGCGGACCGGAGCGACCUUCCCCCGCGCUUCGUCCGGCUUCUUCGCCGCCGCGAGAUGGGCCUGCUCGCCCGCCGCCCGGCGCCGCUGCCGCUCUGAGAAGUUGAAGAACAUCUAUGACAACAGUCUUCUAUAAAUUGAACUUUUCAAGAAUUCUCUGAAGGAACCAAGUAGGAUUUACUUACAUCAUGACUUAAUCUGAAUGCAAGAACAAGAAAUAGGUUUUAUCUCUAAAUAUAAUGAAGGGUUGUGUGUAAACACUGACCCUGACUCAAUUCUAAUGAGCAUUUUAGACAUGAGUUUGCAUCGGCAAAUGGGUUCAGAUCGAGAUCUUCAGUCUUCUGCUUCAUCUGUAAGCUUGCCUUCAGUCAAAAAAGCACCCAAGAAAAGAAGAAUUUCAAUAGGCUCUCUGUUUCGGAGGAAAAAGGAUAACAAACGUAAAUCAAGAGAGCUAAAUGGCGGGGUGGAUGGAAUUGCAAGUAUUGAAAGUAUACAUUCUGAAAUGUGUACUGAUAAGAACUCCAUUUUCUCUACAAAUACCUCUUCUGACAAUGGAUUAACUUCUAUCAGCAAACAAAUUGGAGACUUUAUUGAGUGCCCUUUGUGCCUUUUGCGGCAUUCUAAAGACAGAUUUCCUGAUAUAAUGACUUGUCAUCAUAGAUCUUGUGUGGAUUGCUUACGACAAUAUCUAAGGAUAGAAAUUUCUGAAAGUAGAGUCAAUAUCAGUUGCCCAGAAUGUACUGAACAGUUUAAUCCCCAUGAUAUUCGCUUGAUAUUAAGUGAUGAUGUCUUGAUGGAAAAAUACGAAGAAUUUAUGCUUAGACGAUGGCUUGUUGCAGAUCCUGAUUGUAGAUGGUGUCCAGCUCCAGAUUGUGGAUAUGCUGUGAUAGCGUUUGGAUGCGCCAGCUGUCCAAAGUUAACUUGUGGGCGAGAGGGCUGUGGAACGGAGUUUUGCUACCACUGUAAACAGAUUUGGCACCCCAACCAGACCUGUGAUGCCGCUCGGCAAGAAAGAGCCCAGAGUUUACGUUUGAGAACUAUACGUUCUUCAUCCAUUAGUUACAGUCAAGAAUCUGGAGCAGCAGCUGAUGAUAUAAAGCCAUGUCCACGAUGCGCUGCUUAUAUAAUAAAGAUGAAUGAUGGGAGCUGCAAUCACAUGACAUGUGCUGUUUGUGGUUGUGAGUUUUGUUGGUUGUGUAUGAAAGAAAUCUCAGAUUUACAUUAUCUAAGUCCAUCAGGGUGUACUUUUUGGGGAAAGAAACCCUGGAGCCGAAAGAAGAAAAUAUUGUGGCAGCUGGGAACACUGGUUGGUGCUCCUGUAGGAAUUGCUUUAAUAGCGGGCAUUGCUAUUCCUGCAAUGAUUAUUGGCAUUCCUGUGUAUGUGGGCCGCAAGAUUCACAAUCGAUAUGAAGGCAAGGAUGUUUCAAAGCACAAACGGAAUUUGGCCAUAGCAGGUGGUGUAACGUUGUCUGUAAUUGUAUCUCCAGUAGUAGCUGCAGUGACUGUAGGUAUUGGUGUUCCUAUUAUGUUAGCUUAUGUCUAUGGCGUUGUUCCAAUUUCUCUCUGUCGAAGUGGAGGUUGUGGAGUCUCAGCAGGCAAUGGAAAAGGAGUCAGGAUUGAAUUUGAUGAUGAAAAUGAUAUAAAUGUUGGUGGAACUAACACAGCUGUAGACACAACAUCAGUAGCAGAAGCAAGACACAAUCCUAGCAUAGGGGAAGGAAGUGUUGGUGGCCUGACUGGCAGUUUGAGUGCAAGUGGAAGCCACAUGGAUCGAAUAGGAGCCAUUCGAGACAACCUGAGUGAAACGGCUAGCACCAUGGCACUGGCUGGGGCCAGUAUAACGGGGAGUCUGUCAGGAAGUGCCAUGGUUAAUUGUUUUAACAGGUUGGAAGUACAAGCAGAUGUACAGAAAGAACGGUACAGUCUAAGUGGAGAAUCUGGCACCGUCAGCUUGGGAACAGUUAGUGAUAAUGCCAGCACCAAAGCAAUGGCAGGAUCCCUUCUCAACUCCUACAUCCCCUUGGACAAGUAAGGAACA